UAAGGACUAUCAAAGUGGAAAUAAAAAUUUUAAACAACAGAUUUUAUAACUCGUUUUAUUGUUGCGAUGGAUAAUUUAAUUUCUAUGAUACCAGGGCCAUGUCAACGACUUCGUUUGCCCUCUUUGACGACCAUGCUUAAGUUUCCAACACGUAAUAAUUGUGCCAACAGCCAAGUGUGUAAGCAGAAGCGUCGUGUAGUCUUCAUGGGAAGUGCGAGAGUAGGAAAAACAUGUAUCAUUAAUCAAUUUUUAUAUGAUCAAUAUCAUCAACGCUAUAAAAAGACUGUGGAAGAAAUGCAUGUUGGUGAAUAUGAUACACCAGAUGGUUCUAUGUUAGUCCUAGAAAUUCUCGAUACUUCCGGCUCAUAUACCUUUCCAGCAAUGCGUGCCUUGUCAAUUACAACAUCUGACGCAUUCAUACUAGUUUAUGCUAUAGAUGAUUUGGAUUCAUGGUACGAGGUUGAGAGUUUAAGGAAACAGGUUAGUAUUAAUUUUGAAUGGUCAGAAUAUUGUCUUUAA